GGUUGUUGCAAAUUAUUCUGAUAAUUAUAAUGAGGAAAUGGCUUCAAGUUCAGGAGAUUUGAUUGGAACAAGGUUGAAUUUUGCUGACUCUACUAGGUCGGAUUUGACUGACUCCAUCGCUGCAAGAACUGAUGAGGAAAGAGCUUCCGAUUCAGUUGGAGCAAGGUCGGAUUUGACUGAUCCUAGUUCGGAUUCAACUUACUUUAAUAAUGCAAGAGCUGAUGAUGAUACAGCAGAAAGAGCGAGUGAAAGAGUGGAUGAAACAGUUGAUUAUAGCGAGGAAGAAAGAGUGGAUGUAACAGUUGACCAUAGCGAAGAAAGGGUGGAUGAAACAGUUGACUGUAGUGAAGAAAGGGUGAAUGAGCUUAUAUAUGUGAAAGGUGAAA